AUGGAAAAGGCAGGCCCUUCUGUUGCAUCUAUAGAGCCUAAUCAUCUUCAAAGGGAGAUAUCUACAGGACUUCUUCACAAUAAAUCAGAUCACCACACUCAACCCUCUGAUUUAGUUAUGGUGGACUUUACAACUCAGCUGGGUUUACCAGUGCAAGUGAUUACUGAAGAAAAAAUCAUCACCAAAGGUUUAGUAGGACAAGAGGAAUCAGAAGGACAUUUGUUACCAUUGAUUGCUCAUUCUCUAGAGUCCCAGCCUAGCUCCUCUACAAAAAGGACAAGGAAAAGAUCUUCUAAAUCUGAGGGUAGACUCCAAAGGAAAGCCAACGCCUCUACUUUGACUAUUCUUGCUACAGCCAAGAGGGGUAGAGAAGAUCAGAGUAGUGGUGGUGGUCUUUUGCUGUUAUGGGGUAAUAAAGUUCAGAUUAUAACUAUGUAUUGUUCAUAUUUCUUCAUUGUUGUCAAUUUCAUCCCCAGCUCUGGGACAAAUGCUUGUUGGUCUGUUUUUGUGUAUGUAAGUGCUUCGAAACUAGAAAGGGAACUUCAGUGGGAAACUCUUCUCUGUGAGGUAGUCUUCAAUGGGGACUUCAAUGGACACAACUGGUUCAUCUCAGGUGAUGGGAAGGAUCUCCUAUUAUCCUCAAACAAAAAAGGCGGUACAGCAAGAUCUGAGGGCAGUCUAUCUGGGUUUAGAACCUUUGUGGCAAACAUGGAAUGCCGG